AUGGUCACUACGCGUGCUCAAAAACGCAAAGCCAUCUCUCCAGGACCCGAAGCCGAGGCUACGAGUAGCUCGACCCCGGCCCCACAUCUCACCCCGGCCCCCACAUUCAUCAAUUCACUCUCUGAUGUUAGUGCGCCGGCAAGUGUUCACCCCACAGAUGAAACGGAUUGGGAGACACUCCACGCCCAGGCAAAAGCACGCAUAGAGAAAUACAUUACAUCACCCGAUCGUACCGAUCGGCUUUGUGUCCCGACACUCCAUGCACUGCUGCUAUGGCUCCCCCAAGCUGGGCGAGAGAAAAUCGCUCGGGACAUCCUUUCAGACGAGUCGGCAACAGAUGAAGGUUUGUACGGGGUGUACCGCCACGUGCAUACUGCGCUCCUUUUACCGAUCAAGGCGUCGGGUGCUAAGUCAUCUCCCGCUUCUUCGCCAGUCUCCCGUCGCCAAGAGGACGCACAGAAUAUAAGCGACCGAGCAAGCACACCCGUUACUAGUCGUUCUAGUUGGUUUGUCGAUGCCUGCUUCAAGCGGGACGAUUCCCGUUGCGUUGUUUCUGGCUACCUCGCCUCGAGCAAAUGGGAGGAAAAGGGAAAACCCAAAGAGGAGGUGCCAAUCGAUCUGGAAGUGGUACAUGUUAUACCGUUUUCGUUCGGAAAAUUUGAGAGAAAGCAGUUAGCGCCCAUGGCCAAUAGCGAUACUGGCGUGUGCUGGUCUGCCCUUUACACUUGCUUUCCCGCGGCGAGGGAUAUCAUCAAGGGCUCCACGGUCGAUGAGCCUUCAAAUGGAUUUUUGCUCGCGGCCUCUCUCCACUCCUUAUUUGGAAAGUUCCUACUGGCCUUCAAACCAAUCCCCGAUGAUGAUUUCCUAUACGAGAUCGUGGUAUACGAGUCCAGAGGCCCAACAUUACCUCGCUUCUGUGAGGAAGGUCAGAAGGUCACCAUGAAUCAGCACUCUGAAGUUGCUUCGGUCAAUCGGACUUUGCUUGACCUCCACUGGAGGCUGUGCGAGGUAUUUUAUGCAUCUGGUGCUGGAGGAGAGAUUGACCGUGUGCUUGAAAAGUGGGACAACAUUAAGGGGCGUUCGGGGUGUUUGGCCACAGACGGUGGUACUCAGAUUGAAGAGCUCCUGUGGUUAUCUUUUUUUUCUAUUGAGGUGCCGGUGCCAUUUCGCGCUCUAUCAACCCCAAGCCAGCCGACUCCGGAACAGAACACACCUAGCAAAGAACCUACAACGACCCCUACACCAGCCUCGGCCCAGGCUACUCCCACUCCAUCUGCAAGCCCGACUCCCGCCGCCCCGACCCCGGCUGCCGUGGCACCAAUUGAAGCUGAACAACCCUCCGUACCAGAUGUGAAAGAAUGGUCUGAACGGUUAGGGGUAUUUGGCGAAGAGAGCCGUCUUCCCCGAAGUGUGCAAGCGAUAUACCUCCGGCCCUUGCGGAGGAAGGCGGAACACGGCUUGCCCGUCUGCAACCUCCAAUUGCGAUCCUACAGUGUCCGCAAUGUGGAAUUCUUCGCGGACUUCGCCAUCCGCGCCGCUUACUACCUCAACCUCCCCGUGUCUGGGCCUGUGCCUCUCCCUCGCAUCACCGAACGCUGGACCGUCCCCCGGAGCAACUUCGUGCACAAGAAGAGCCAGGAGAACUUCGAACGUAUCACUCUUCGCCGACUCAUUCAGAUCAAGGAUGGAAACCCCCGAUCCGUGCAAAUUUGGCUGGCCUUCCUCCGCAAGCAUGCAUUUUACGGAGUUGGUAUGAAGGCCAAUGUCUGGGAAUACGAUAGCCUUGACGUUGGCAAAUCCCUGGACGAGGCUCUUCCCAAGGUCAACGAGCUUCUGGCUGCUGACUUUGAGAACCUUGCGGGCAGUGGUGACAGGAAGCCCGCACAGAAGGCAUAG